AUGGCUCUUAGUGAUGGAAAACAUGUCAUGCUGUCUUAUAAUUGGAAAAGUCAAAAAAUCGUUUCUAGAGUAUAUGAUAUUCUAAAAGCUGAAAACAUUCCAGUUUGGUUUGAUGUACAAGGAGGCAUGAAAGAUGAUAUUUACAAGAGCAUGGCAGAAGGAGUAGAAAAUGCUGCAAUCGUAUGUUGUUUCAUGACACCAGAAUAUCAAGAAUCGGAAAAUUGUCAACUGGAAUUAACAUAUGCAGAAAAACAACAUAAACGAAUUAUUGCAUGUUUAAUUGAUGAGGAAAAAAAUUGGAGACCGUCUAAUUGGCUAGGAUUAAUAACAGCAAAACUCUUAUAUGUUCAUUUCAAAGAUGAUUCAGAAGAAGGUAUUCAAAUAAAAACGAAAGAAUUAAUUGAUCGAAUAAAAGAGCAUUCAGCGUCUGCUGAAUCAAUUUAUUAUGAGGCUGGUGGAGGUUUGCAAAAUUAUAAACUAAUGGGCAAACCGAGUGUAUAA